AUGGUUGCAGCAUCAUAUUUCUACUUCUUUUUCCUAACCUUGUUAGUUUUAUCUAAUGUAGUUCAUUGUUAUAAAUUUAAAAGCCUAAAAAUAAUUGGUCAUUAUUUCAAGCAAAACUUAGAAAAAACCACUACUACUACUAAUUAUCCAGAAUUUAGUAGUAGUAGAUUUGUGUCACAAAGGACUUCACCAUUACAUGUAGGACCUCAAAAUUCACUCAAAGAGAAUGAUAAAAUUGAAAAAUUGUCUGGUCAACCUGAAGGUGUAGAUUUUAAACAGUAUUCAGGAUAUGUUACAGUUGAUCCAAUUGCAGGAAGAGCUUUGUUUUAUUAUUUCGUCGAAUCGCCUCAAGGUUCUGCAUCUAAGCCUCUUGUCUUAUGGCUCAAUGGAGGACCAGGUUGUUCCUCACUUGGAGGAGGAGCAUUUGGUGAACUUGGGCCAUUUAGAGUUAACAAAGAUGGUACUCUACAUAGCAAUCAAUUUUCAUGGAUUUCUGAGGCCAACAUAAUAUUUCUCGAAUCACCUGCUGGUGUUGGAUUUUCAUAUACAAACACAAGUUCUGACUACAAUUUUAGCGGAGACAGUACAACAGCUCGCGAUUCUUAUACCUUUCUAGUCAAUUGGCUCGAACGGUUUCCAGAAUAUAAAGCUAGCGACUUUUACCUUACUGGAGAGAGCUACGCGGGACACUAUGUCCCUCAACUUGCUCAGCUUAUACUUAUGCACAACAAUCACCCGAAAAAGACUAUUAUUAGUACUAUCAAUUUGAAAGGACUUGCUAUUGGCAAUGCCUAUGUUGAUUUUGAAUCCAACAUGAAAGGAACAACAGAAUAUUACUGGUCUCAUGCACUAAUUUCAGAUGAACUAUACAACAAAAUCAUAUCAACUUGUAAUUUUUCUACUCCAUCAUCUGCAUCCAAGAAAUGCAACGCGUAUUUGGACCAAAUCGAUGAAGAAAUUGGAAAUAUCUUUCUCUACAACAUCUACGCGCCAUUGUGCAACAACAGAUCACUCUCAAGUACCUCAAUAUCGGAAGUUGAUCCAUGCCUACCGAGUUAUAUUCAGUCUUACUUAAACGUACCAGAAGUUCAGAAGGCGAUGCACGCGAAUGUUACAAAUCUUCCUUAUCCAUGGGAGAGCUGCAAGUAUAUAUGGCUCUUGUUUUAG